CGGAAGCUCUAGCCAGGGAACGCAGUGUCCGUUUCAAAAUGUUAAAGAUGAGUAAAAACGUUUUCAAUCCAGACACUGUGGCAGACCCUGACAAGUUUGAAGAAGCAGUUGGGCUCUUCCGAGAACACGUAGGGGAAAUGCUUGGAACAGACGAGUCAGGCAGCAUGUCGGAAGAACACAAGCGAGCUUGAACAAAAAGUAAAAUUACAACUGAGAAGUAAAGCUAGGAGGCGUAAGGAUGAUGUCCAUGACGCAGCGUUUACGGCAGCAACAUUAAAAAACUUAUCGAGUUACAAUAAAGUGUUUCGCUGUUUUCAGGAAUUCAAUGCUAUUCUCAAAAGUAUAACGCGUGGCUGCCUGCUCUGCAACAUUGAGUUUGAAGAUAUGUCCUGCUAUCGGACGUUUUUAGCUGCUUACAGAAACGGACGAUUGUCGGACACCCUGACCCGGGAACUGAUCACAGACGACAUGAGGGCAGCAGAAGGGGAGGAUCUGUACAUACACGUCACACUGCUUGGAGAGGAGGAGGAAUGUCAGGACGAAAGUUUUUCUGAUGAAGAAGUAACUUUGGAAGCAGAACAACCAUCUUUUGCCACAAAGACUGAUGAUUAUCUGGUCAGGGAGCAUCACCAUCGAUACACAGAAUCACACUUACACAGCGGCACAGAACACCACCUGGACACAAAACAAAACGUAGGUUCAGAGCAACACAUGGACCCCAAACAACAUAUAGACCCAAAACAACAAGCAGAAACAUGGGCCGGUGCUGGCGUCCAACAACAACAACAGACUGGAGUGUUACAUCAGGCACAGCAACACGGGGAGCCCUUCUACCAUGUGUGCAAAAGUCUAACUGGUGACAGCGGAUCAUUCAAUAGCACAAACUACCCAGACAACUAUCCUGACGAUCAUGACUGCAAAUACGAGAUCAACGUCACUCCGCCCAAGGUCAUCAAGUUGACCUUCACUGAUUUUGACGUUGAAAAGAAUUACGAUUUCGUGUACGUCUAUGACGGAAGUACAACUAACUCAACGUUUGAGAUAGCCAAGCUGACUGGUACCGAAAUUCCCGGUCCCGUAACCUCAACCGGCAGCUCCAUGACAGUUCGACUCCUCACUGAUGAUGGGAAAAACCGGAAGGGAUUUCUCGCCAACUAUGAGGCUUUAGAUAACGUUUGCGAAAGCAUAACUGCUGACAGUGGAUCAUUCAGCAGCCCAAACUACCCAAACUACUAUCCUCACGACCAUGACUGCCGAUACGAGAUUUCUGUCACUCCACCAAAAGUCAUCACGUUAACCUUCACGGACUUUGUAGUAGAGAACGACUAUGACUUCGUGUACGUGUAUGAUGGAAACACAACUGACUCCACAUUUCAGAUAGCUAAACUUACUGGGACAACUAUCCCCGAUCCUGUAACGUCUACUGGGAGCUUUAUGACUGUUCAACUUGUCACCGAUGCCGCAGAUACCGCGAUAGGGUUUCAGGCCAUCUUUGUAGCUGAAGAUAAAGUGUUUUCCGAGUGUGCUAUUGGCGAGUACCGAUGUGCUGACGGUGUGACCUGUAUAGACGCCUGGAAACGGUGUGACGGAAACAACGACUGUAGAGACAACAGUGAUGAGGAUGAAAGUCACUGUGCGUGUCAAGAUAUUCCAUCGUCCUUGAAGAUGUGCAGGGGCCUUGAGUACAACAAGAUGACCCUUCCCAACCCGCUCAACUACACUGAAACCACGGUAGCCCAAGUUGAGAAAUUUUUAGAGUUCAGUGACCUCAGGAACCUUACAGAAUCAGGCUGUCACCCCCGUGUUAGAGACAUCGUCUGUGCCACUAUCGUGCCGCGCUGCGAGUCCAGUCCGAACCCCCGGCAACAGCUGCCGUGUCGUUCUUGGUGUGAAGAAGUGAAGUCCUCGUGUGAGGAGGAAGACUCGUGGUCAGCUUUUCCAAGCUGUGAGAUUUUCCCCUACACCAACUGUAACAACGUCGUGACUUCUAUGACUGCGGAUGGUGUUGAGUGUUAUGAUGGAAAUGGUGUAAACUACAGAGGAGACGAGGCAAAGGGGCCUGUAGCGGGGGUAACCUGUGAACGGUGGGACAGUGACACAUACUACAAAGAGACCUAUCCCUGGGCAAACCUCGUGGAUAACAAAUGUCGCAACCCAGACGGUGACCCGAAUGGACCAUGGUGCUACACUUCAAUUGGAUUUCAAAUCUGCGACAUUAUUCCUUGUAACGGAAUAGGCUGCAAGGAUCCAGGAAAACCCCAGUUUGGAAAGAGGAGUCCCGUUCUGAAGUUUUACCAUCCUGGGCGGGACAAAAUCACCUACCUCUGUAAUGUGGGAUACAAGUUCAAGGAUGACUCCCCGCCAAACAAAGCUAAAUGUGUAUAUAAUAACGAUACAGGAGAGGCCGAAUGGGAAACAGAAAAACCGGACUGUGAAGUUGAUCAAAAAGUCAAGCUCCAAAAGGACCUUCUGAGUGCGAAUGUCUACAACAAGGCGACGUCUCCAACAACUAGUCUGGUAAUAAAGGCAUAUGUUGUCAACGUCGUUCGCUUGGAUGAAAAGGCAGAGAAGAUAGUAACAGCAUUCAAAGCGGAAUACGUAAGCUUAUUAUUUACUCUCAGUGCGGACACAGGUUACAGCGGCGGGUUUCCCAAGACUGAUGUGAAAAUCAAUCACACCGGUGAAGUGACCUGGCCUGUAGAACUGCUAACUACAACAACCUGUACCCUGGACCCUUUCCUCUUCCCUCAGGACAACAUGACAUGUGCAGUGUGCUGGAGAGCGGGAGUACAGUACACUAUAAACUGUUCCAAUUCAUCAACGCAUACGCAUAAGGACAGCAAUUUCCUGACCUGCCAAAACAACGAGACCGACAUUGUCGCAGGAGAGUGGAGUGGGACAACAAUCCUUUCAGCCAUAAACAACACAGCCUGUCUGACCAUGAGGCUCAAACGUGAUCCCACCUAUCACUACUCUACAACCAUCUCUCCCUGUCUCAUCCUGAUCAUCCUCAUGAUCAUCACCUUCAUCAUGCCCAUUGAUAAAGGCGACAGGAUUGGAUUCGGCGUCACCGUGCUGCUGUCCAUGGUGGUGUCGCUAGUCGUCGUUACAAGUUUUCUACCAGUGUCCAGUACUCUGCCAUUCAUUGCUAUGCUGAUCAUCGUUUGCAUGGCUCUGAUGGCCCUCUUCAUGCUGACGACUCUUUUCAUCAUCAUUAUCCACGACAAGAAGGGACCUGUCCCAAAAUGGGUACGGACGGUCUUCCUGAAGCACGUUGCAAGGGCCCUACUGAUGGGAGACUUAACCAAGAAGCUGAAGAGUGAAGAGGCAUCAGCCUUCACCGUUAGCAAGAACUUAGAUGACGUGAAGAAUGAGGUUAAAGCUACCAUUAUUGGGUUAAACGGAAGCGCACUAGAUGAACUGAAGGCCAAUGUUAAGGAAUUGUCUGGGAGCAUCGAUGGUCUGGCAAGUGGUGGUGAGGAAGAAGAAGAAGUUGCAGAGUAUGCUCUGCUGGCUAAAGUUCUAGACAGGCUGAGUUUGGUCCUUUAUAUUAUCGCCAUUUUGGUGGCCAUUCCAUGCACUCUGCAUAUUGGUCGCCCGAAGAUCAAGGUGAAUUGA